AUGAAGGAUUCUCCUUUCGAAGAUGGUAGUAAUGAAUAUGAGGGAGAAACGGGUGAAGUCCUGAAUCAAGAACUCUUGGACAAGUUUUCCGAUAAGUUCGGAGCAGAUACCAAGAAUAGGCUGGCGAUGAAUGCAAUCUCGGGUGCUGACAUGAAUAAAGUGUUGUUGAACCGCAAGACCAUUAUCAACGAUAUUCACGUCUUUUCAGAGAAACUCGAAUUAGAAGGCAAGGCGACCAACCAAAAGUCGUCUGGACGCUGCUGGAUAUUCGCCGCUACUAAUGUGCUAAGAUUGAUCGUUAUGAAAAAGUAUAGGUUAGAAGAGUUCGAAUUAUCACAACCUUUCAUGUUCUUUUACGAUAAGAUGGAGAAGGCUAAUUUUUUCCUCGAGAACAUGAUCGAACUUGUUGAUAAGGAUCUUGACUCGCGCUUGAUCCAAUAUUUGAUUCGUGAUCCGGUGACUGAUGGGGGUCAAUGGGAUAUGAUAGUCAAUAUUCUAGAAAAAUACGGUGUGGUCCCUAAAGCCGUAUUUCCAGAAAGCUACAACUCUUCAAAUUCGUCCAAACUCAAUUGGCUGGUGACAACAAAACUCCGAGAAUUUACCUAUCAGCUACGUGAAUUACGCGCCGACGGGCAUGAUGCCGAUUCUUUACGACGCAUUAAGGUCAAUAUGAUGGAAGAAAUUUAUCGUAUUAUGGCCAUCACUCUCGGCGAACCACCUAAAAAAUUUGAUUGGACUUUCCGUGACAAAGACGGAAGAUAUUAUGAGUACAAGGGAUUGACGCCAAAGAAAUUCUAUCGAGAGUACAUUAAUUACAAGGCAACAGAGACAUUUUCUCUCAUCAAUGAUCCGCGUAAUGAUUAUUUAAAACUAUAUACCGUCGAGUAUCUUGGCAACGUCCAAGGCGGUCUUCCGAUACGCUAUGUUAACGUUCCGAUUGAUGUAAUGAAAAAACUCGUCGUUCAAACUUUGAGCGUUGGAAAACCGGUUUGGUUCGGGGCCGAUGUUGGAAAAUUUAGUGACUCAGAGUUGGGAAUAUUAGAUAAUAAAAUUAUCGAUUAUGAAGCGGGAUUUAAUAUCAAGUUUCAUCUGUCGAAAGAUCAAAGAUUAAAGUAUGGUCAGAGUUCGAUGACACACGCCAUGGUUUUCACUGGUGUGCACCUCGAGAACAACGUACCUGUUCGUUGGAGAGUUGAAAAUUCCUGGGGUGAAAAUCGUGGAGAAAAAGGUUAUUUCGUCAUGGGUGAUGAUUGGUUUAGUGAUUGGGUUUAUCAAAUAGUUCUCGAAAAGAAAGAUGCUCCCAAAGAGUAUGUGGCGAUAUUGAAUCAAUCCCCCAUAGUUUUGCCUGCCUGGGAUCCGAUGGGAUCUCUUGCAAUUAUGUGA